AUGUUCAUCGAUCGUCCCCUGUGUGAUGCCGUUGCACAAAUUUCGAUCAACAAGAUGGAAAGUUUUGCGUCCCAGAAUUUGACAAACACUGCCUGGAGUCUCGCUGUGCUGGGUUUCCGCAAUAAGCAGCUGAUGGAGAAAGUCGUUGCUGAAGUAUCAAAGAUCGUCACAGAGCUGAUCCCACAAGAAGUGGCUAAUUUAGCUUGGUGCUGUGGCAAGAUUGGCUUUGUGGAUGUGGUAUUUUUGGAGGCUAUUGCAAGGCAAUCCAUCAGCAUCAUCCAUGAGUUUGUCACACAGGACUUGUCCAACACAGUUUGGACCUGCGCCACCCUUCUGGAAAUCAGUCCGGCUUUGCUGGCCGCAAUUUCGCAUCAGUCAGUGCAGAAAUUGCCCUUGUUUUUGAAUCAAGAGCUAUCCAACAGUGCUUGA